CUUUUUCUUAUUCUAUGGAGGGUUAACCUAACCUAACUAUAAUCUUUGAGUGUUUUUGAAAGAAAAAAAAAAAUAAUAUGGGUGAUUGUAGUUUUGAAAUUCAAGGAGAGAUACAUAUUGGCGUUGAUGAUGUUAAGUUAGAAGAAAAAUUAGGAGUUAUCGACAUUAUCGAACAAUUCAUAGAUGAAAAAGGGGUUCAUGAAAGGGAAGAAUAUGUAAACAAGAUAGAAAGUUCCCUGAACUGCCUGGUUGAAGAAAACAAUGUUUUCGGUUUCGAAGAUCACGAGAAAGAUUCCACAAGUUCUGCUCAUUUGAAUAUUGAGGAUGACAGCUGUGAUUAUGCAUCAAGAGAAAAAUGUAAACUUGAUGCUAUUCAUUCAAUAUUAAGGAACCACAAAUGCCACAUGUGUGAUUAUGAUGCGAGCAAUAAACGUACACUUAAUGAACAUAUAAAAUUUGUUCAUUUGGGUAUUAAGGAUCAAAAGUGUCACUUAUGUGACUUUGUCACAAAUCAUAAUAGUAAACUUAUUCAUCAUAUCAAGGCUGUUCAUCUGAAAAUAAAAAAUCACAAAUGCCACAUGUGUGAAUAUGCUGCCAGUGAAAAACAUCACCUAGAUUCACAUGUGAAAUCUGUUCAUUUGAAAAUUAAGGAUCACAAGUGCCACUUGUGCGAAUAUGCUGCGAGUGUCGAAAAUGAUCUUAAAAAACAUAUAAAAUCUGUUCAUUUGACUAUCAAGGAUCACCAGUGUCACUUGUGCGACUAUGCCUCAAAUGAAAAAGGCAAAAUUCAGGAUCACAUCAAAUACAAACAUUUGAAAAUAAAGAAUCACAAAUGUGAAAUGUGUGGAUAUGCAGUGAGCAAUAAACGUUCACUUAAUGAACAUCUAAAAUCAGUUCAUUUGGGUAUUAAGGAUCAAAAGUGCCACUUAUGUGACUUUGUCACAAGUAGAAGGAGUAAACUUAUGCGUCAUAUCAAGGCUGUUCAUUUGAAAAUAAAAAAUCACAAGUGCCACAUGUGUGAAUAUGCUUCGAGUACCAAACAUUCACUUCGAAAACAUGUAAUAUCCAUUCAUAUCAAGGACUAUAAGUGUAAUUUUUGUGACUAUGUCGCAAAUACAAAAAACAAACUCAACAAUCAUGUUAAUUGUGUUCAUUUGAAUAUCAAGAUACACAAGUGCGACUCGUGUGACUAUUCUGCAAAUAAUAAAUGUGUCUUCGAACAACAUGUUAAAUCCGUUCAUUUGAAAAUUAAAGAUGAGCAGUGCCAUUUAUGUGAUCAUGCUGCAGGUAGUAAACGUAGACUCCAAAGCCAUAUCGACUCUGUUCAUUUGAAGAUUAGGAAUCACAUUUGCCCUGUGUGUGAAUUUGCAGCGAGUUACAAAUGUAAACUUGAUAUGCACAUGAAAACGGUACAUUUGAAAAUCAAGGAACACAAAUGUGAUCUGUGUGAGUAUGCUGCAAGUAGAAAAGAACAUCUUCAGAAACAUAUGAAGAGUAUGCAUUCGAGAACUAAGAAAUAGAGUGCUCAAUGUGCGAAUACCCAUCUAGUCACAAACAUCAACUUGAGCAACAUGUGAAAUCUGUUCAUUUGGAAGUUAAGGUACCCAAGUGUUCGUCUAUGUGAUUUUGUAAGAAGUACAUUAAAUGAUCUUUGAAACCAUGACAAUUAUGUUCAUUCAUAGUAGUAGUAGUAAUUUUUAUUUUCCAUAAAUUAAACCAAUUGUUACAAUUAAUGAUCUAUAUCAAUAUCAAAGAAAGCAAUAAAUUAUUAAAUCAAAA